AAGUUCUCUUACUUUGUGUUCCGGAUGCGGAGGGAGGCGAUCAUGGCGGCUGAGGGAGAUGUGGAUUUGGACCUGGAGGCCGAGGAGAACUGCACCGGGAAGCCCACGGAGAAACCGCGCAAGCACGACAGCGGCGCCGCUGAUUUGGAAAGAGUCACCGACUAUGCGGAGGAGAAGGAAAUCUCCAGCUCCGACUUGGAGACGGCUAUGUCUGUAAUCGGAGACAGAAGAUCCAGAGAACAGAAGGCGAAACAGGAAAGAGAAAAAGAACUGGCCAAAGUUACCAUUAAGAAGGAGGACGUAGAGCUCAUCAUGGCUGAGAUGGAGAUCCCCCGCGGCAUGGCAGAGCGCAGCCUGAGGGAACACAUGGGGAACAUCGUGGAGGCUUUGAUUGCGCUGACCAACUGACCAGUGGCGUGGGCGUGACCGGUUUCAAAGCCGUGACUCGGCUUCACCUCUUACCUCCUGUCCACCACGGAUACACUUCUGCUGCGUCAACGAUCCACUGCUCAGCUUUUCUAAAGACUUCCUUCAUUUCUAUUAUUUUUUUUUGUACAAGUAUCAGUGUGAAUAAGACCAAGGCAUGUCUUGGAAUUGGUUUUCCUGUUCUAGUAAUUUAUUCACACUUACAGCUAAGAUUUUUACAAGGGUCUAAAAAGAAAAAAAAAUGCAAAGGAAUCCAUCAGAUGUACAAAUUUUAAAUGUAAUAAAAACAUGUUGCAGCUGUGA